AUGGCAGCUCGCAACACCCUCCGUCGGUCUCUGCUAUACGUCCCCGGCUCAUCGCAGCGAUUCCUCGAUAAGUCCCGCUCUCUUGCGGCGGAUUGUCUCACCUAUGAUCUCGAAGACAGCGUUACACCACACAUGAAGGCCGAGGCCCGGUCGCUGGUGCGGAGAGCGAUCGAUCAGCCGACGCCGGAGAAGAUUCGCGAGCGUGCGGUGCGCAUUAACUCGGUGGACAGUGGGUUGGCACUGGGGGACCUGACAGAGGUGCUGCAAUCACCCAACUUGACAACCAUCGUCAUUCCCAAGGUCAAUUCAGCUUCGGACUUGACAUUCGUCACCGACGUCAUCAGCCAUACCUUGUCCCAGCUCCCAUCCCCGGAAAAGAGACCUCCAAUCUCACUCCUCGCCCUCAUCGAGUCUGCUAAGUCCCUCACGAAUCUCUCCGAGAUCUGUUCUGCCUCGCCUCUCCUCCAAGGAUUGAUUUUCGCCGCUGAAGACUUCGCGCUGGAUCUGAGCAUCACACGCACACCUUCAUUGACGGAAUUCCUGUUCGCGCGCUCGGCGAUCGCAACUGCUGCUCGUGCUGCGAACCUCCCGUCUACGAUUGACCUGGUCUGCACUGCAUACAAGUCUGAUAAGGCGGAUGGAUCUCCGCCAGCCGCGUUGGAGGAGGAGUGCCGCGAUGGACGUCGAUUGGGCUUCAAUGGGAAACAGUGUAUUCACCCUUCGCAGGUGAAGACGGCGAAUGAGAUCUUCGGGCCGGACCCGGCCGAGACUACAUGGGCGAUGCGCGUUGUCAUUGCCGAUGACAAGGCCGCUGCUGCGGGACGAGGUGCGUGGACGCUGGAUGGUAAGAUGAUUGAUGUACCCGUUGCGCAUAAAGCUCGGGCUAUCGUGAAGAAGGCCGAGGCUUGUGGUGUGGAUGUCAAGGCUCUGCGGGAGAAGUGGCAGCACCAGGAGCCUGAGUAA